AUGGACGGUUUUUAAGUUUCUUCUUGUUACCAUCCGUCUUUUGUUCACAGUUUUGGCAAACACCACACAGAAGAUUUUUUAGCCAACCAUGCAUCUAUCUUUCUUUCAGACGAAGAUUGAAGAAAAUUAAGGACUAGGCCUAGAGGAAGAUAUUGAUUAUUCAAAAACAAAAAACUAGAGAAUUGAGAUAAAGCGUGUUAGAUAUGGUAAAGCAAUUGGUUUCGACAGAGAAUUCCAGCCUUGAAUUUAAUCAGGAUAAGAAUAAUCAAGGUUGCAUGUGGGGUUUCUUUCAUAUUCUGGAUUAUCAUCAUUGGCAUGUGAGAAAGGUGUUUGCUAACAAAAGGAAAAGACAUGCCAGAUGUAAGAGGAACACCAUUUUGCAUAACCAAGGUGAAGAAUAUGUCCCAGAAGCAGAAACACUCCUAGUUGUGAAAGGUGGCGAAAAAGGCAAAAGGUACCACAAACAUGAGAGAAAAGAACAAGACACAGAAAAUAGGCUUAAAGAAGGAAACUACAAAGGUGAAUAUGCACUUCAAGUGGAGAAAGAUGGCAAGAAAACAAAAGCUUCCCUUAACCAUGAGAGUAUACAAAAAAGGCCAAACAAAUCUGAUACAGACACUGCCAAUGUGUUUAAGAAUCAUAGAGAUGUUUUGGGGGUAGUUAAAGUGGAGAAGGAUUUACUGCUUAAAUUUCUAAGAGAAUUAGAUGCUGAAGGGAAAAACCUUCAUCAAGCUUCUGACAACAAAGCAAGAUUGACAAAAUCAGGGUCAUUUCCUUUAAGCUCAUCUUCACAAAUGAGAAGUAUUACUCCUACUAGUACCUUGCAACACAAGAAAACCGAAGUCUGGGCCACUCCCAAAGAAGAAAGGUUGCUUGAUAGUACUCAAACAACAAAACCAGUGCCUUUAGUGAGUGAUCAUGGCGUGCUUAGCGCCGGAGAACAAAAAACAGGCAAUUCUCUGCGGCCAUCUCAUGGAUUGAAUCAUAAAGGUUGGAACCAAGUUGUCAUUCAUCGUUUCAAAGUUAUAAAGCAUAAGAUAAAGCAUACUCUUUUGGAGUUCAGAAAAAAUGGUCACCACAGAAAUUCAUCUGAAUAUAGCAGCAUCACUAAUGAUGAGAAAGAGGUGCAAAGCUUAGAUGAAGGUGUGGUUCGAGAGUACAUAAGGAGCAAAAGCUUAAAGGAGACUAAAUCUUCUGAUUAUGCUUCCAACAGACAGGAAGCACAACGAGUCGUAAGAAGAACAUCGUCUCUGAACGAAUCGAUGGAUAAAUAUACUCAGUUGUUUGAGAAAAGCUUCAACUCAGAUGUCAAGUGGCACAGUUCAAAGUCCAAAAGCUUAAGAUUGACAAAUGAGGAUAAGAAUACAAGUGACCAUGCUUCUAGGUUUUCCAGAAGCAAUUUUUCACUGCCUAAUAUUGAGGCUUUAGGCUUCAUUGUACACGAGGCACUUCUUGAUAUGAAUGAUAAAACAGAUACAGAGGAGCCUGAUAAUAAUGCUGAAAGAAAACUGGUGGAACUUCCUUCAAAGAGAGAUAAAUCAAUUGAUCAUGUUGAAGAGACUGAAAUCACAGAAACAGCUAAAGCUGGCAGUGGAGAUAUGAAUCCAAGUCCCUCAUCUAAUGAUCAGGUUGAAGACAAAAUUGAUGAAGCAGUUAUCAGUGAGAAAGUGGAAGAUAAAUAUGAAUAUGAGUCAGCUAGGGGAGAUGGAAUUUUUCCUCAAGAAAAAGAAGAAAUAGGUAUGGCUAUCCAUGAAACUAAAAGUGAAGCAGAUGCAACCCACCAUACAGAAGGUAGAGAAUUGGAUAUUCAAGGAUCUAGCAUGGAUGGAUUGAAGACUGAUGAGUUAUCAAUUAAAGAAAGUAUAUAUUCUUCCCCGAGCUCGUUAUCAAAUGCGAAUGAUAAUACAGAAAAUGUCACAAACAAGAGCCCUGAGAAGAUUUUCCUUGAAAUAGGCAAUGAUUCCAAUUUCAGAUACGUGAAGGCCAUUCUCCAAUUUUCAGGUUUAAUGGAAAAUGAACAGAUUCUAACGAGGCAUACUAUAGACCAGCGACUAAAGCCUUCUUUGAUAAUGGAAAUGGAAUCCUCUGUAGCGGAGAAUACCAAAGCCUAUGAUCAACAGCUUCUUUUCAACCUAGUUGAUGAGGUACUUCUUGAUAUAUAUGAGAGGUCAUCGAAUCAAUUCCCAAGGCCCUUCGCCUUCAACUACCUCCUCCAUCCUGUACCGAAAGGAGACUAUCUUCUUAAUGAGGUAUGGUCCAGUGUUAAAUCAUACCUGAGCUUGAGGCCAGAGCUAGAUCAGACAUUAGACGAUGUUGUGAGACGUGACUUGGCAAGAAGAAGUAGCUGGAUGAACCUCCAGCAAGAAGAGGAGCAAGUUGCAAUUGAACUAGAGGACAUGAUUAUGGAUGAUUUAUUAGAUGAACUUGUCUUCUCAUGAAGUUUUUCUAGACUAUAGAAUAUAGAUAGAUAGAUACAUUGUCAAUUUUUACAGAAGUCAUGCUGCUUGGUUAACUAGAUCAUGGUUUUGUCACUGUCACCAAGCUUGUUCCCUGAUUUCUUCAAGCCUAUAGGUAGACCAAGCACACAUGCAUGUAGUCAAGCACUAUUCUUACUGUUACCUUGUAGAGUCCUUUCAUUCAGAAUAGGACUCUAUUCUCUCUUUCAUAUGUACAUGAAUUGGCUUUGUAAAUAGGAUUGCCUGCUAGAUGUCAUGUAGAGUUUGAUGGUUGCAUGCUGUGAUUCAUAUUCUUGUACAUGAGACUUAUGGCUAUAGUAAAGUGUAAAACACAAUGUUAUUAAUGAAAACAGUGAACUAU